UCUAGUACUACAAACACGUGUAUCGCUUUUCACUCGCGCGCUGCGGUUACCGAGGCAACCACAAAACUGUUUGAUCAUUUUCAAGGCAAAAAGUCAUCAUGCCAGUGAUUCUGAAAGGCCACUCCUGGAGUCAGGAUUCGGACCAUGUGACCAUUCGUGUUCCCUUUCCGGAUAAUCAUCUGUGUCGGGAUGAAGUGUUUACCAGUUUGCAACUGCUGAAAAUAAACAAGGCUCCAUAUUACUGGGAAGUUCUGUUGCGACAUCCCGUCGUGGAGGAGGAUAGUCGUUGUUUGUUGUUGGAAAAUGAAGUUAUUUUUUCGCUGCGGAAGCAGGAAAUCGACCUUGAGUGGGACAGGUUAGAACUUGAAUGUACCAAAAGCGAGAGGACACGGCUGAAGGAAGAAUUGCUCGCUGGUCAUCAGAAGCGCAUGGAGGAAAGGGCGAAACAGCGUGCAAUUGAAAAAGAUCAGAAAAAGAGGGAUGAGGUUUCAAAGCAGAUCGAAAGAGAUGGCAAUACUAGAACGGAAAUUGAAAACCUGUUGGAGGAAAGCAAGCGACAGGAGAUGGAACGAAUGGAGCAGUCAUCCCGAAAGGACACUCCAAGACCGAAGAAGUUCAAAAAACAUCUUCCGAAGAGUGAGCCAAUUCACGAACUUCCAUCAGUUAGACAAAGUGCUACUGUAACUGUGAACUUCAGCAAGCGAAACUUCAUCACACCUAAGCGGGAAUCGAUGGAACACGAUGAACAGCAGUGGACAAUGAAACAAGCUGCCGCGAAAAAAGCCGUCGGAUUUGUCGAUGAAGAUCUUCGACCCGAGGAACGCAAUCCAGAAUGGCUAAAGCAAAAAGGAGACACGUUUUUCCAACAGCAAAACUAUCUGGCCGCUAUAUCCGCUUACACGGCCGGUAUUCGCCUGACCAAAGAGUACUAUUCGUUGUUUCUGAACCGAUCGGCAGCGCAUUUUGCGCUGGAAAACUAUCAACGAUGCGCUGAGGAUUGCUCUACCGCUUUGGAACUGCUGAGUCCACCGAUAGAGGCUAACCGAAAAGCUCGCGUUUCCUGUUUGGCUCGUCGGGGAGCUGCCCUCACAAAACUAGGAUAUCUCCGGCAGGGUUGCGAGGAACUGAUUGCCGCCUGCAAACUAGAUCCACAGAACAAUGAACUCCGUCGCGAAGCGGAAAUGUUACAACGUAAAAUGGAAGAAUGUGAUACCGAAUCGGAAUGAUUCAGUGCAAUAAUGUUUACUUGAUUUUAUUAACAGCAAAUCAAACAAUAAAUACA